CGGUCACACUACCGUCUGGAUCGAGCAAUCCGCUCGUCCUAAUCUAUGUUCUGGAGGUUCGGAUUCCAUAAUGGUUCCUCAAUCGACAGCCUGCUCGACAAGGAAGACGUCUCGCUCGAGGCAAUACUUGAUGAAGACGAGCUCAUACAAGAGUGCAAGGCCCAAAACACAAGGCUGAUUGACUAUUUUCAGCGGGUAGACGUCCUUCAACGUUUGCUGGGCUAUGUUUCUGGACGGAUAGAGGGCGAGGAUGAGAGGACUCGAGAAAAAUACCCGUACAUCGCUACCGAAGUGCUCUGCAGUGACAUAUGGUCUAUAGUGGAGACCUGCCUCUCGCGGUCGGGCCAGCUCCUGAACCCCUUCUGGGAAACUGUCCUGGAUCAGCCUUCCGAAGCAUUCAAAGAGCCUAACCAGAUGGCCUUGGCUUCGUUUUUCGCCAAGGUCAACGCUGUCUUCCUGAACAAAAAGUCAGCAGAGAUGCUUGCCUUUAUCCAAGCGCAGCCGAACAUCGUCGAACGUCUGCUUCGCCACAUCGAAACGCCCGCGUUCGCGGACCUGCUCGUGCGCAUCAUCCAACUGGACGAAGUGCCGUCGUGUGCGGGAGUCCUUGAAUGGCUUUCGAAGGAGAACCUGAUGUCGCGCUUGCUCGACAUGCUCUCGCCCGACCAUAGUCGAGAUAAGCACGCAGUAGUCGCCGAGCUAAUCAAGGGCAUCAUUUCCAUGGCUGCACCAUCGCCCGCUCCCGGCCUGGGUGACGGCCCCGGCACUGGCAUCGCCUCCAACAAGUUCGCCCGUGAACUCGCGAGCCCUGCCAGUGUGGCGAAGCUGGUGGGCUACAUCUUGACUGAUUACAAGCCGCCAGCUCAAGACCCCGCAAGCGCGCCGCCACAGGCAGCCGUCGCCCCCGAGGAAGAGAAGUUGCCGAACCAGGAGUCUACUUCGUCGUCUGUGGUCCAGUCGAUAUGCAUUAUAAUCGAGCUAAUUCGGCAAAACAAUUCGGACUACUUCGAGCCGUAUCUCUUUCACACGCUGCGGAACAGGCUUAUACAGGUCCAGCAGCACCUCCAGAUGCACACGCAGGAUGGCCGGGACGCCCUAGAACGCGCAAUGAUGGAUAUGGUCAACCGCAUGGGCGUCGUUCACCUCGGUCCAGUACUAGAGACGAUGUGUGACAAGCUAGACGAGCUGCAGAGAUAUCUCCGGAAUCCCAGAUCCCAGAAUGGACCCGUGGUGACGACGGUAGGCGCGCUGGCCCCGCUAACAUUCGAGCGGUACCGGAUAUGUGAAUUGUACGCGGAGCUGCUACACUGUUCGAACAUGUCUCUCCUGAACCGGCCGUCAGAGUUCGACCACCUGUACGACUCAGAAGGCAGAUUACAGGGCGGUCUCUCUGCCCUAGAAGAGCUCGCACAAGUCAUUGCAAUCGGCUCCGGUGGCGACGACGAGGCUGACGAUAUUGACGAAGAAGAAGAGAUGGAACCUGCGCACGAGUUUCCUGUGUCGGCAGCACAUUCAUCGUCUAUCGACUCGGACGACGACAUGAGCGAUGACGAACCUGGCAGUUCAGACGACGAAGCUAUGGAGGAGAUUGCCAUGUAUGAGGAACCCCGCUCAGGAGACAGUUCUACGGGCUUGCCUGUGACGCCGCUGGAACGUUUUCCCUCUGCAACACUCUCGUCGUCUCCGAUGCAAUCCCCAACGUUGGACCCGAGUUCACUAACGACGCCACGCCGACAUGAUUCGACUGACUCGGAUACGACAUUAACACGACAAAGAUCGAGGGAUUCAAGGCGGAGUAGUCGGAGAUCUCUAGUUGAGAGGGAGUCAACAGCUAAGGGCCCGCCUGUUUUGGGCGAGCGGUUGAAGCAGCGGUUUCUCGAUGUCAACGUGGCAUCCACCUUGCUCGAUCUCUUCUUUGAGUUCCCGUGGAAUAAUUUCGUCCACAGUGUCGUGUACGAUUUUAUACACCAGAUCCUGACUGGCCGCAUUGACACUGGCUACAAUCGGGAGCUGACAAUAUCAUUAUUCCGCGACGCACGAUUAAUGCAACGCAUCAUAGAGGGCUCGAAACGGAACGAUAUAGAAAGCUCAAGACCGAAGGGCGUGCGCCUAGGGUACAUGGGCCACUUGACGCUCAUCUCGGAAGAUGUGAUCGGCGCGCUCGAGCACUUCCCUCCAGACCUGCGCCUGACCGUCGCACAGCACGCGCCCCAGCCGGACUGGGAUGAGUACGUGAGCGGGCGGUACCGCGAGACGAAGAAGAAGGACACGAGCCUGCUUGGCGGCGGCAAGCCCGUCGUCGCGCCCGGAAUGCGCACCGCUGCGGGCACGUGGAAGGUCGACGAGGCGGACGCCGGCGGCGCCGCGACCAGCAUGCCGCACGAGCAACAGGGGGAGCCGCAGGGCGAUCAGGGCGAGCUUCGCAGGAACGUGCGGACUGCAAGAGAGGGCAGCGCGGACUAUGGGCACCCGAUGGAAGAGGAUGAGGACGAGUUUCACGCUGGUCCUCCACAUUUUGCGCAUUACCUCGCCCAGGAAAUGCAGUCGGGUGCGCAUUUGUCUGCUGAUGGCGACACCUCGGACGACGAAGAGGACGACAGUGGAUGGCUCGCCCAUUCGACAUUCGAGCUGCGUCCACCGCCUGUACAAGCCCGACAGCACAACGGUAACCGGAGACCGUUGAGCGAAAGCGGUUUCGAUGAUUCGUUCGCGCCUUCAUCGUCAUCAAGUGUAGGACCGUUCGCAGACCCAUUUGAAGAUGACGCCUUUGGCCCCUUCUCAGACGCAGCGGCCGCGAGCGGCUCAGACCCGUUCACCUUUCCGCCCACGCUCUCAGCGGAUCUGAGCGAGGACGCGACGUUCGACAGCUACGGCGACUUCGGCGACUUCCAGACCGCCGCCGGCGGGUCGAUGGAGGGCUCGGGGAAUCUGACGCCGACGGCAGACAGCUGGAGCUUCGCGAGCAUCUCGAGCACGGGGUCCGAGGAAGGGAGCGUGCGCCUGAGCUCGAGCCCGCAGGACAAGGAAACACGGACUGCGUAGUGUGUCUUUCUACCCAGAUGCCGGAGGCGACGAUGUAACUGUACGAGGUCCUGCGCGGUGUGUGUGUGUGUGUACAUAGUUGUAGCUGUCGUUAAUAGUAGUACAAGCACUGUAUGCGAUGCGUAUCCGAGCGAGGUAUCAAGUGUACCGGGUUCGGCGUAUCGACUUGCCCCGUGGUUAUCGCACUAUGCGUGCUUAGGACGAGGUCUGGUAGUGGUAUCCGCCCGCCCUGUCGACGGCGCCGAAGCUGAGCUUCGCGAGCUCCUUGCCGCUGGGAUCGGACAGCAGGCAUUCAACUUCGUCACCGGCUUUGACGGCACCGAUGCCGGAGGGUGUGCCAGUCAAAAUCAAAUCUCCUUCCUACAGGACGUGUCAGA